AUGGUUCUCCUCGCCGUCGCGUCCUCGCUCAAAACCCUAAACCCUACCUUGAGCCCGAGCCCCAGCCGACGCCGUCUCCUCCUCAGCUCCUCCCAUCUCCGCCUGCCGCCGCUGCUCUCGCGGAGCGGCCGCCUCCGCUGCUCGGCCGGCUACGGCGAUGCCGCCGCGCCGCAGCAGGCGGCUCCGACGACGCAGCGGCCGGACGAGAUCCCGUGGAGCAGGGAGCUCUGCAACUCGGUGCGGCUCAUAGGGACGGUGGGCACGGACAUCGAGCUGCGCCAGCUCCCCAGCGGCGCCUCCGUCGCGCGGGGGCGCAUUGCCGUCUGGAAGUCGGCCACCGAGACCACCUGGGUAACUCUUGCAUUUUGGGACGACUUGGCUGUUAUGGCCUCUGAGCAUGUAAAACAAGGAGACCGAAUAUUUGUUUCUGGACGGCUUGUAUCAGAUACUGUUGAGGAGGGGCCUGAGAAGCGGCAGGUUUACUACAAGGUUGUCGUUCAACAGUUCAACUUCAUUGAGUCCUUCCAACCUGUGCGGUUAUAUUCAGAGUCAAGCCAGGAUGACAUUUGCGCACCAAAUUGCAUCAAGUUUCAUGGAUUUUUUCAACUGGGUGGAAAGCAUGGAGAUUAUGUUGGUAAUGAUUCUACCUCUGGUUCAACUGAGAAUAAAAAGGGAGAUUACAUGAGUUCCUCCUCUCGUUCAACUGAAGCACUGUGGCAAGCAUUCUUCGCUAAUCCUCUUGACUGGUGGGAUAACAGGAAAGAUAAGAAGAACCCAAGGUAUCCAGACUUCAAGCACAAGAGCACCGGCGAAGCGCUGUGGAUUGAGGGGAGGAACAACCCCAACUGGGUCGUCUCCCAGCUGGCGAUCUUGGACUCGAGGAUGGGUUCCCUGCAGGACAAGCAGAGGAAACCAGUCUCCUACAUGUACGCCGACGACUUCAUGACAUCUGACGCCAGCGACUAG